AAUGCUAAUAAACGUUGGCUUUACCCUUAUUGUUACGGUAGUGUCUUCUGUAGCAUCUAUAUCCCAUUUCUUUUUCUUCUUUUGGCUAAUAUUCUACAUUCAAUUUCUUAAUCUUAAUUAUGGCAACGGAAGGAAUCCUUCACAUGAAGGGUGGUGUGGGGGAAACAAGCUAUGAAAAUAACUCCUCACUCCAGAGAAAAGUGAUAAUGGAAGUGAAAACCAUACUUGAAGAAAAUAUGAUAUCGAUAGUGUCCAACAAAAGUAUAAUUAAGGGUUGUUGGAAAAUAGCCGAUUUAGGUUGUUCUUCAGGACCAAAUACACUAAUGGCCAUCUCUAAUAUCUUGAACAUCAUCAAUAAAACUAGCUUGAAGUUAAACAAUGGGAUAUCACCUGUAUUUCAAAUUUAUCUCAAUGAUCUUUUUGAAAAUGAUUUUAAUACCAUCUUCAAGUUACUUCCUGAUUUCUACCAACAAAAAAAAGGAGAGAAUGUUGGAGAAUGCUUUAUAUGUGCAACACCAGGAAACUUUUAUGGAAGGCUCUUUCCAAAUAAUUACAUCAACUUUUUUCAUUCCUCAUACAGUCUUCAUUGGCUUUCUCAGGCCCCGAAAGAUUUAACCAAGAAUGGAGAACCACUAAACAAGGGAAAUAUUUACAUAUCAAGAACUAGUCCUCCAUCGGUUUAUGAAGCAUAUUUUAAGCAAUUUGAAAGAGAUUUCAAGUAUUUUCUCAAGUCACGCUUCGAGGAAUUAACAUCGGAUGGGGUGAUGGCACUAACAUUUAUUGGCAGAGAAACAACUAUCACUUCUGCUCAAGGGGUAAUUGGCAUGGUACUCAACGAGAUGGUCAAAGAGGGUUUGGUUGAAGAGGAGAAAUUGGACUUAUUUGAUUUUCCUGCAUACCAUCCUACUGUAAAGGAAGUAAGUCAACUCAUUGAGGCAGAAGGAUCUUUUACCCUUCAAACAAUUAAGACUUUUAAAAUGGGUUGGGAUGCAAACCUUGAGAAAGAUAAUGUUGAUUAUGUUGUAGAUAGCAAAAUGAGAGGGGAAUUCAUAGCCAAGUAUCACAGAGCUGUUUAUGAACCUCUUUUAAUAGCUGGAUUUGGAGAAAACAUUAUGGAUGAAUUGUUCUCAAGGUUUGCAAAGCUGAUAGCUCAACUCAUUGAGAUAGAGACAUUGGAGUUUACUAAUAUUGUAUUGUUCAUGACCAAGAAUCCUUAAUAUUGUAAGAUGAAGGUUGUACUUUAUCCAAGAAGAAUAUCAUUAAUAUGAACAAAAUUUAGAAUAAGAUGGUAAAAUAAGGCUGCCAUAGUUUGAUGUUUGUCCUUUUGAUUCUCGUAUUGUCUUAUUAUAUGGUUUGAUUGUUUUCUCUA